UUUUCAGAUGAAAAGCUUGGGGAAAAAGAGGAACUUUGUGUUGAUGCAGUGGAUUCACACUUUGCCAAAUUUUAGCCACCAAAAUACUGAAAGGUCCACAACCCAUUAGUGGGUUUUUGGAGACAAAAAGAAACAAUAAGAAAACAAAGGAAGAAAAAUAUUUGAGGAGCUUCAUGUGUGGGUGCUGACUGCUGAUCUUUGAACUUUGAACUUUGGAAAUGGCUGCCAAAGAGUCAAGCUCUGCUGCGACGGGAGGUACAAUCAAAAGGGUGCUUACGCAUGGUGGUCGAUACGCUCAAUACAAUGUUUACGGGAACUUGUUCGAGGUCUCCGCGAAGUACGUGCCUCCCAUUCGCCCAAUCGGUAGAGGGGCUUAUGGUAUUGUCUGUGCUGCUGUGAAUUCAGACACACAUGAGGAGGUGGCCAUAAAGAAGAUUGGUAAUGCAUUUGACAACAUAAUAGAUGCCAAAAGGACAUUGAGAGAAAUCAAGCUUCUCCGCCACAUGGAACAUGAAAAUGUUAUUGCCACCAAGGACAUCAUACGACCACCAAAAAAGGAUGCCUUCAAUGAUGUGUACAUUGUAUAUGAACUGAUGGACACUGAUCUUCAUCAGAUUAUUCGUUCUGACCAACAACUUACAGAUGAUCAUUGUCAGUACUUCUUGUAUCAGCUGUUACGAGGAUUGAAAUAUGUACACUCAGCCAAUGUUCUGCACCGUGAUCUUAAGCCCAGUAAUUUGCUUCUCAGUGCGAAUUGUGACCUUAAAAUUGGAGACUUUGGAUUGGCAAGAACAACUUCUGAGACAGAUUUUAUGACUGAGUAUGUCGUCACUCGAUGGUACCGAGCACCAGAGUUGCUUCUUAAUUGUUCAGAGUACACUGCUGCAAUUGAUGUAUGGUCGGUUGGUUGCAUACUCGGUGAAAUUGUGACUAGAGAACCUUUGUUUCCUGGGAAAGAUUAUGUUCACCAGCUGAGGCUUAUCACAGAGCUACUAGGUUCACCUGAUGAUGCAAGCCUUGGAUUUCUCCGAAGUGAUAAUGCUCGAAGAUAUGUUAGACAGCUUCCACAAUGCCGGAAGCAACAGUUUUCAGCUAGAUUCCCUAGUAUGUCUCCUGGGGCUUUGGAUCUGCUAGAGAAAAUGCUUGUCUUUGAUCCCAACAAACGCAUUACAGUUGAAGAGGCACUUUGUCACCCAUACUUGUCAUCUCUUCAUGAUAUGAACGAUGAGCCUGUCUGCCCUACGCCAUUCGGUUUUGAUUUUGAGCAACCAUCAUGUACUGAAGAACACAUCAAAGAGCUCAUCUGGAGGGAAUCGGUGAAGUUCAAUCCAGACCCAACCCAUUAGGAGAAAUGCUUUGCAUAUGCAGUGGAGAUGUAAUGGGAAGGACUUUGUUCCCCUAAAAGUAGUGUUAUAAUUCAUCACAUUCACUGAAGUAGAUAUAGUAGCACCAGAGUCUAUAUACUUGUAACUUGAAGUCAACUAACAAGCAAGGAGCUGAAACACAUCAUUCAAGGGAUUUGGGUCCCUCAGAUGUCAGCAAAAACCCCAAGUGGACAGCCGCUUUGGUUCCUAUAUGAGCUGUUAGAGCUCCAAAGUGAAGUUGAAGCGAGUUUGGUAGAAACAAAUGGUGGACAUCUUUCUGAUGAGUGUUAGAAGUAAGGGUUUGCUUCAAAGACUAUGGAUGUUAUAUUGCUUGGAUAUAUUUUAGGUAUCGAGUAAAAUCAGCAUAUUAAUACGAAGAUAUUUUUCGCAUGUC